AUGACAGUCAAAUUAAAGUUCGUCUGGGCAUUUGCAGCAAUACAUCCGUUAUUGGUGGCCCCAGCAUCGACGGGCUCUAUCACAGAUAUUGAGCACGUUGUGCUCUUCAUGCAAGGUGAAAACCUGAUUUUCUUCGAUUCCCUUGUGCAGAAUCGUGCCUUCGACCACUACUUUGGGACUAUGGCCGGGGUUCGAGGAUUCUCGGAUCCCAACGUCCAAGUCAACGAUGGCAAGCCUGUUUGGCAACAAGCGGUUAAUUCGAAUUUAAGUACCUCCGCCCCCUAUCUUCUCCCAUGGUAUCUCAAUCAUCAAGGCGGGAGUUAUCUGGAGGCAACCCAAUGUAUGGUUGCUGGUGAGAAUAGUUGGCAAGAUAACCACGCUGCUCUUAAUGGGGGUUUGAACAACCAUUGGGCAACGAACAACACCCCAUGGAGCUGGGGCCAUUAUCGAAGAAGUGACAUACCUGUGCAAUACGCUAUUGCUGAUGGCUGGACUGAAUCUGUCAUAGCUGCAACAAACCCUAAUCGUGUCUUCUGGGUAUCAGGGUCGAUCAAUGUCCCCGGCUCUCCGCAAACUAAGUCUCAAGGGGGAUACCCCUAUAUUGAUAACAAUGAAACACCCGGCUGUGAGGAAGGCGGGUUCAAUUGUUACCCGUUAUCUUGGAAGACAACACCUGAGAUAUACCAGGAUGCUGGUGUGUCUUGGUCGGUUUAUCAGGAUGAAGAUAAUUUUGACGACAACCCGCUUGCCUGGUUCGCUCAAUUCCAAGAUGCCUUACCGGGAUCCCCCCUCAGUAAUAAAGGGAUGGUUGGCAGCACGCUUAACGACUUUUAUACCCAGGCAGCAAAUGGCACUCUCCCUGCCAUAUCCUUUAUAGUUGGCCCACCCCAAUUAUCUGAACAUCCGCCAUAUGCUCCACGAGACGGGGCAUGGCUGCAAAAAAAGGUCGUAGAUGCAGUCACAACAGGGGCUGGGUAUUCAAAAACAGCCCUUAUAAUUUCAUACGAUGAGACAGGUGGAUGGGGAGAUCACGUGACCCCAUACCAUUCUCCGCUUGAUACGCCCGGGGAAUGGGUCGAAGAUCCUUAUAACAAUGUAGGAUAUACUUAUAGUGGCCCGGGGUUUCGUGUUCCAUUCUACAUUAUUAGCCCCUGGACUCGAGGGGGAUCAGUAUUCACGGAAGCCGCCGAUCACAAUUCUCAAAUCAUUUUCAUCGAAGAGUGGCUUUCAGCGAAAGGCAAGAAUGUCACGACAAACGAAAUGGUGCCUUGGAGGAGAGAGCAUAUGUCAUCCCUCGUCAAUGCCUUCGAUUUUGCCAAUCCAGACUACUCCCUCCCAUUUAUUCCAGAUGCCCCCGCUCCACAUCAGGAUGCUUCUGGAAAUUACGAUGGUGCGAGUUACUGUGAAAAUAAAUACAAUGUUACCCGGCCAGACGUCCCAUAUACCAGCCAGAUUGAUCCAGGUAAGGUCUCCAGCCUUUCGGAAGACGGAGCCAAGGCUAUGCGUGGGUCAGUCACCGAGGGAAGAUACAUUGUAUUCGAGCUCAGUGGCUAUGCUCUCACGAACCCAGGAAAGUCGGCGGGCAGCCUUAUUGGCACGAAGGCGACUGUGAAGCAUGAGGAUAUUGCUCAGCGAUGGGUUGUGCAUAGCCUUGUCCAGGGGGGAAAUAGUUUUACCAUUAGUAGUGCAGAGGAUGGGAGGUAUAUUGGCGUUCAUACCGAGUUGAUCGGUAGCUCAAAAGGAGCGGAGACAUAUACACUGGAGUUCGUGCAUAGUAAGGGUUAUUCUCUCCAAAAGGAGGACGGAAAGUAUGUCAUGGUGGAUAGCGAUGGGCAAGUGCAGAUUACGAGCGAUGCCGCUUAUUGGAGGGCAUACAGUGUCACUUACUCUAGCUAG